AUGGCAUACCUCUACCGCUCAGUCUGUAUCACAACUGCAAAAUCAGCACAGCUCUUUUAUCAAACCCUCGUCAAGCAAAGGUUUAUCCGCUCUCUCGUCAAGGCACUGAGCCUACCCGAUCAUGGGAAUCUCCUGAUUCCUUCGUCGAUAGUCGCGAAACUCUUUAUCAGGAUUAUCAACAUGAUCGACUCCCUUGAUAGGCUCUACUCCCCCGUCGGGUACCUGCAGGGAGACUUUUGGCGUAUUGACAAGACACGUCUCCCAGUCUUGCUGAUAGCUUUAGGGAGGCAUUCGAGGCUAGAACAUCUGUCACUUGUCGGGAAUAGCUAUACAGUCUCCGGUCUCACCAAUCAACUCAUGACUUUUCGCAACUUGCGCACAUUGGGUAUUAGUCGAUUCCGGUUUAUGGAACAUGUGGAUCCGCGAUCAGGCCCUCUGCUCCCUCUACUCGAAAAGAUAAUCAUCACAGAAGAUUUUUUCCCGGUGAACCUGGUCGAUUGGAUGCUUACUUUACCUCGCCUACAAACGCUAGAGCUAUUCUCUGCCCCUAUUCCCACACCAAUACCCAAAAUUCUCAGCUGUGGAAAGCUCAGGCAUCUUAGUAUAUGGUGGUCCUACACUUUGAUUGAUUGUGAACUGCAAUGGUUCGCCAACUGUUCAAAGUUCCACACCCUCGAGGUGACACCAGAUAUUCUGAGUGAUUACGUUGCUGUGUUCCCCCUCUCUCUCAACGUCUUGCGGAUUUGUUGCGAUAGGUUUAACAUCACUCAUCUCGGACCCCUUCAACGGUACGCGGCUCGCAAGCCGUCGAUCAAGGAUAUCUUGUUCCGGUUCUUGAACUGGACACCCAGGAAGGAUUACAGGAAGCAGAUUCUACAAAUAUUUAAUGACAGUGACGUAAAAGUCAGUUUCGAAAUGGUGCCGUGUGCGGAGAGCAGACGGCCGACAAGUCGACCAAAGAAGUCUCCCCGGACGGCAUUUCGGCUCCUUCGCUCUGGACCACUCGUCGACGUGGCCAACGUCAACCACGCCAGCAUGCCUGCACCAUCCGGCGACCUUGAACGUCUAUCCAUCCUGGGAUGGAGCCAGAUACGCAUUCCUACACCAAAGGAGCGCGACUAUAUCCAGAAUCUUAUCUCCCAAGACGAACGCACGACGCGCUCCCUGAAAAAUGAACUCGAGCGCCUCAAGUUAUUGACAGAGAGGAGACAAAAGGUGAUGAAAAGAUACUCAGAUGCGGUGCAAGUAGCGACUAGUCUGAGAAGCGUGUGCAUUCUCAGGAUAAAUGCGCUCGUCGUCGCGAGGCGAAAGCUUGCUCCCCUCGACGCCAUCACAGCGAGCACAAGUACGACUGAUGCUCCUUACGAUGAAGCAUCGGAAAUCUUCAACGAGGUGAUCGAGUGCGGUAGUGCCGUCAAGCAGCAACUCUCCACCCAGCUUCACGAGUUGGAAGCCGAGUUGCUGGUGCUGGAGAAGAAAAUACCAGAGUGCGAACACGUUCUCAUCGCUGAGCGUACGUACCUAUCCACGCUCGCUGCCUGCACCGAACGACUUUCUUCUCUCUUGUCCCAAUAUACCAAGGAUAUGGAGAAAAAGCAGGAUAUCCUACGAGCACGACGACGAAUUCCUGUCGAGAUAUGGCGACAGAUUUUCCUGGUGAAUAUGGAGCAAGAAGAAGCAUCGCUUGAACGAGGGUACAGGCGAGGGAAGCCACCCUUUACUGCGUUCAAACUCGGCUCGGUCUGUCAAUUCUGGCGGGAUAUCGUAGAGAGUUAUCCAGCCAUAUGGCAGCCUAUCGCGAUCCCACACCAUGACUAUAUCAGCCUCGCACAAAAGGACCGCAUACGCCACUGCGCUGCACGAUUAGGAAACCUGCUUCCACGUGCUUACACGUACGAUAAUGCCUUUUAUACCCCUGACAAAGGCAAAGCUUGCUUUCGGUUUCAUCUGUUGGACUUUCUGCAACUCACGUUCAAGCGAUACGAAGCGUUUGAAGUGAUUGACAAGUGGUUCAGCCUACUUCGUGGACCGAGCAUGACACAUUUCCUGCGUGAGCUUGCUCCAGUUACUCGGCGAUUGACGGUUCAUCCUCAUCCAUACUCUAUACGGAGCGGAAUCCGGUCUCAGGUCCCCUACGAGGUACUCGAAGAAACGGAGAUUCUCCAAGGCGUUGGAGUAAGCCUCGCAAUCUCCCACAACUUCCUUCCAAGAUCUCUUCUACAGCGAACGGUGUCAAACCUACGGACACUCAUGGUGACCAAUUCCAAUUGGCGAAGUGAGGAUAUGCAAACUUGUCUCUCCGCAGCAGAUAAAGUGGAGAGUUUGUAUAUAAUCAACACUUCGAUUCUAAAGUCGCACGGAACAACGCAUACGACCGUCCCUUCUCUCAAAACCCUCGAAUGUCCGAUUCGCGAAUAUGUCACCCUUCAAGACGUCGUUCGCAUGCCCAAAUUAAGAUCCCUCAAACUCUUCAUCCAGCAUCCAUUUGAUAUCGGAGCGUGGAGUAUCACAAAGGAACAUGCGCCUGGCAUACGCGAGUUGACCAUCACGGCUAGUACUCUACAGGGGACAGCAUUAAUCGCGGAGGACAUCAACAUCGCGAUACUUGCCCUACAAGCAUUUAAGGAGAUUGAAUCGCUGACAAUUUCUGGCUACCGGCUCAGAGGUUGUCUGAGUUUACUCCCGACGGACGAUAUCCCGUUGAGUCGUUUGACGAGGCUGACGAUAGUGGACUGUAGAGUCAGCGAUACUGUGCUAAAGAAGUUUCGGUCUGCAAUGAAGGCUAAGCAUCAAAGGGAUGUAGAGAUCAUCAUCCAGUAA